AUGACGAAUCCAAUUCCGGAACAUCACGACAAGACACAUUCUCGUCAAUCAAGUCAAGAUGUCGAAGAGCUUCAAAAGAAGAAGCAAUCCGAUGUCCUCCGUUUCCUGCUGCGCGUCCGAUGCUGGGAGCUUCGACAAUUGCACGUCAUCCACCGCGCUUCUCGUCCCUCUCGCCCGGAUAAGGCGCGUCGUCUAGGCUACAAGGCCAAGCAGGGUUAUGUCAUCUACCGCGUGCGUGUGCGUCGUGGAGGACGCAAGCGACCUGCGCCCAAAGGCGCUACCUACGGCAAACCCACCAACCAGGGUAUCAACCAGCUGAAGUACCAGCGUUCACUCAAGUCCACCGCCGAAGAACGCGUGGGGCGCCGAUGCGCCAAUCUGAGGGUGCUGAAUUCCUACUGGAUCAACCAAGACUCGACCUACAAAUAUUUCGAGAUCAUCCUCGUCGACCCUCAGCACAAGGCCAUUCGCCGCGAUCCCCGCAUCAACUGGAUUGUCAAGCCUGUGCACAAGCACCGUGAAUCUCGAGGUCUCACGGCAACCGGCAAGAAGUCUCGUGGGCUGGGCAGGGGUCACAAGUUCAACAAGACUACGGCGGGCAGGAGGAAGACAUGGAAGCGUCACAAUACCGAGUCAUACUGGCGUUACCGUUGA